AUGAAAUUAACAAAAAGUAACAACCAAAUUUGGCGACCACUUGUUAUAGGAGAUGGGUCGGUUGGUCGCUCAGAAAUGAUAUUCCAAUUUUGUGAACAUCAAUUUGUUGAAACUUUUGAUGUUCUUAAAGAGCGCUGUUAUAUAAAACAAAUAAUACUUGACAGAAAAAUGAUAUCAAUUGAAAUAUUGGAUUCGAUAACACCGACACUUCAAUAUGAUUAUGACGAGUAUAAUAUCAAAAAAUCUGAUGGCUUUAUUAUAAUGUAUUCAGUCACAUCUGAAGAGUCAUUUUAUUACGCGCAUUCUAUAUUUGAAAGUUUAUAUUACAUUUUUGACUUGUUUCCUUAUGAACACAUUCCCAUUGUUUUAUGUGGUAAUAAAAUUGAUUUAAAUACUCAAAGAAAAGUUUCCAGAGAAGACGGUGAAAAAAUGGCAAAAGAAUUUAAAGUACCUUUCUAUGAAAUAUCUGCACAAUACAAUAUAAAUGUCACCCAAUGCUUUUUGGCAAUUGUUGAUGAAAUAUUAAAAAACAAUACAUUUUUAGAACUAUAUAAUGAAAAUGUGAAAAGACAAACAAAAUACACAAACAUAAAAACAAAGACCAUUAAAUGUGUAUUAUUAUAA